AUGAAUUAAACGCAAAAGGAUAAUGUAAGAGCUGAUUUAUUGGAUUAAGAUGGAAAUGUUAAAAAAUAGCAUAAAUCCAUGAUGAAAAGUUCGAAACUCUAUAUUGAAAGUAUUGGAAAUAGAAAUGGAAAAGAAGAAGUGACAACCUGUCCUACAGGAUAUCUCAAAUGUAGUAAAAAAUGUUUGAAAACUCCACCCGAUGGGUAUUAUUCAGAUGGAAUUAGUUGCAUUUAAUGCAAUAGUAAAUGUACAAAAUGCACAUCUCCAACUAUAUGCUAAGCAUGUAGUUAAAACAACUUUCUAACUUUGUAGACUUGUAAUAAUGUUUGUACUAAUAAAUAUCUUUAUAUGGAUCCAACAACAUAGACUUGCGUUACAAAAUGUCCACCCUAACUUUAUCAUGAAGAAUCGUAUGAUAAAAGGAGUUGUGUUGAGGAUUGUCUCUUAGGUUUUAAGUUUAAUGAUUAAUGUGUUGAUUCCUGUCCUAAAGGAAUGUAUAUUAACAAUAAUUUCUGUAUGAAGUGCCCCUAAAAAUGUGAAGAAUGUACAUCACUAACAAAUUGCACUUUAUGUGUUCAAAAUUAUUUUUUGGAAAAUGGACGCUGUUAGUUAAGUUGUUUUUUUGGCAAAACGGAUUAUAAAAAUCAUGCUUGUGUCUCAUAAUGUGAUCCAUCACUAUUUGAAUAUUAAAAUUAAUGUUUAGAAAGUUGUCCCACAAAUCCGGUAUUUUAUUAUCAUUCAAAUAUCUGCAUGGAUGCAUGUCCAAAUAAUACAGUCUAGUAUAAUUAAGAGUGUCUUGAUUGUGAUGUGUCAUGCUCAACAUGUAUUGGCCCCUCAAACAAUGAUUGUCUAAUUUGCAAAGAAACCUAUUAUUUGCAUGAUUAAUAAUGUAUUCUUACUUGUCCUCAUUUAUAUAAUGAAGUAGAUAGAUCUUGCGUUAUUUCUUGUCCUCGAAAUCUUCUGUUGGAUGGAAAUAAGUGUGUUUUGAUUUGUAGUUUGUACAUGUAUUCUAAUACCUGUUUGUCAAGCUGUCCACCGGGAACAUACAAAUCAAAUUAGAUUUACUAUGAUUGCUCUUAAAAUUGUCUUGAAUGCGAUUCUUUUGGAUGUAAUAAAUGUGCAAAUGGAUCAUUUUUAAAUGAUGGAAGUUGUAGUAAUUAUUGCCCAAACUAUUACAAUAUUAUCUAAAAUCAAUGUGAGGAAUAGUGUCCAGAAGGAACAUUUCUUUAUAUUGAUCAAUGCUAUGCAUCUUGUCCAGCAAAUACAUAUACAUACCUGUAAGCAUGCAUUUUAGACUGCCCUUUGAGAACAAUUGUAAUAGAUUUCAUUUGCUACUAAUGCCCAGGGAGAUGCGCAGUUUGUAAAAAUCAAUACGAAUGUCUUAAUUGUGAUGAACCUUAUUACUAAUAUAAAGGAGAAUGUGUUAUGGCAUGUCCAACAGUACUUCCUUAUUAGAAUAAAAUUUAUCAUGAAUGUUAAUCGGAAUGUUCUCCAAAUACAUAUGAAAAAGGAUAUGACUGUGUUAAAGAAUGUGAUUUAAUUAUCUAUUAGAAUAAAUGUGUAAAAUAAUGUCCAUACGGAUAUUAUGGUAAUACGAUAUGUAAACCAUGUAAAUUGGAGUGCAAAGAUUGCACUGAUUUUAAUAUUUGCACAGAAUGUUCAGACCAUUUUUACCUUGAGCAUAAUUAAUGUGAUAAACAAUGUACUAGAAUCAAAGAUCUGAAAUAAAAGAAAUGCGUUGAUUCAUGUUCCUCGCUUCUGUAUCAAAAUGUGUGCUUUGAAAAUUGUCCUAUAAACACAUUUUAACAUACAAAUACAUGUCUUCAAAAGUGCUUAGAUGGAUAUUUUGGUUCGAAAGAAUUCAAAUGUGAAAAGUGCCCUUAUUAAUGUAUCACAUGCACAUCUUUUAAUUAAUGUAGCAGUUGUAAAGUUGGAUAUUAUUUAUAUCAGAAUUAAUGUUUAAAUUAAUGUCCUGAUAAAUUAUUUUCAAAUCAAUUAAUCAGUUAAUGUUCAUCAUGGUGUCCAGAUAAAACAUUCACAUUUAGAAAUUAAUGCUUAUAUGAAUGUCCAAGUGAUUAUUUUAAUGACACCGAAAAUUAUAAAUGUGUUUCAUCUUGUAGCAAUCAACAAUAUCGUAAUAAAAACAGUUGUUAUCCCUGCUCUAUUGAAUGUGAUUAAUGCACAACCUAUGGGAAUUAGAAUUGUAUAGCCUGUGCAACAAAUUACAUUUUAACAGAAGAUGGACAUUGUUUUGGAAAUUGCAAAGCUGGUUAUUAUUAAACAUCUAAUUCUUGUGAGAAAUGCUUGCAUAAAUGUUUGACUUGUUAGAAUGAUACAGAAUGUUUAUAAUGCAGGGGAAAUAAUAGAGAUUAACUUGACUGCUCAUGCCCAAAAGGAUUUUAUGAUGAUCCAUUCUAUGAUAAUUGUUAACAGUGUCCAUGUGAGGAAUGUAUUUCUGAAACUGAGUGUCUAGUAUGCAAAAAUAAUCUCUAAGUUCCCAACUGUUCAUGCAAUAGGAGACUUAAUGAAGAUUGGUGUAUUACUUGCCAAGUAGCAUCUGUAAAUAUAAAAUAUUCAGAUGAUCUAAAUUAAAUCAUAGUUUAUUUUGGAUAUUUGAUAUCUGUUAAUUUAAUUAACCCUUUCUAACCCUCUAGUUGUUCUCUUUGGUUUAAUAAUGCUGAAAUAUUUGGAAAAGAUGCUUAAUGCUAUUUGUCAUGGGAUAGGUAUGUGGUUAACAUCUUAUUGGAGCCAUACGCUUCUGUUAAUGUUGGAGAUAAUUUGAGUUUCAAAUAAUCUUUCUAUCGAGAUGUAAAUGAAGGUCUUUGUGAUGGAUAAUAUAUUGAAAUAUUUAUUGAUAGCACUGUCAAGGGACCUUCAGCAUAAACUAAACCUUACAUACUGUUUGAUGUACCAUCUGUUGUAAGUACAUGUAGGGUGAUUCAAAUUAAACAAAUAUUGCUUGAAGGAACAGCUAAAAAGAUUCAAGAUGUGUUAUUUUGGACUCUGCAUGAAAUGGAUAAUGACGAUUAUUAUCUGUAAAUGGAUGCAUUCUUGGCAAAUUAAAAAAUUGAAUUCAUCAUUCCAAUAGGUACUCUAGCCUCUAAUGUUACAUAUACAAUAACAGCCAAAUAUGUGAAUUUCAUAAACAGGGUAAAUUUCACAACAUUCACAUUCACUACACUGGCAGACUUAGUUCCUUAUGUUUUUCUAUAAUAUAACCCUUUGAUAGCAAGGGUUUAUGUUUUCGAUUGUAAAGUCACAUAUUCUGAUUUGAAAAAUUAGUUUAAUUUGUCCAUUCAAAUUUCUGAUUCCAAUAAUAAAACUUACCUUUCCAUGCAGCAACCCAUUAACCCCAUUUAUGAAGUCCUAUUAAAUGAAUCUCUUUUACCUAAAGAAACCCAGUUACUUUUUAUGGCAUCAACAGGAAGUUCGUUCAUUUAAGAAAAGAUUUAUCUAAAAUCGAAAAACAUUGACAUUAAAUUCCUUUAAAAGAAUAGAUUUAUUGGAUUAGACAAUUAAAUUAAUGCAAGAGCCUUCGAUAGAAAUGUAUAAGAUGAAGUUUUAAGUACUUUAAAUAUUGAAUAUCAAUGGAAGUGUAAUAAUUUAUUCAAUUUAUAACCUUGUAAGACAGAAGAAAAUAAGAUUAUGGAAUUUCCAUCCAGAAGAAUUGCUGAUAUCCUUGCAGAUAGUUAAAAUACUACUUUUGUCUUCUUUGUUAAGGCAUCAAAAGGUAAUAGAUGGACAGUAAAAGAGCAAUUGAUAGUUGUCACAGAUUUUGAAAUCGAAGAAGAAUUUGUAUUAAAUUAAGAAGUUCCUCAAAAUACUGUCAAUCUUAAUGAUGAAAUAACAAUUUUAAUUAGAAAUAAUUAAAAACAUGCUUUCAUUAUGCAAGAAUUCAAAAUCUUGGCUUCUAUCAAAACUAUUGGCUCGACUUUAAAGUUUAGACUCGCAGGAUUAACAACCAAUUAUAACAGUCCUGUGUACAUCUAUCUAGUCCCAGGCAAUGAAUCUAUAGCAUUUCAGCUAAACAGUCCUCCUUCAGAAGUUUAUUUCAAUAUAGAUCCUCUUCUAGGUUAAUCUUUAGAUUACUUUCACUAUUCAGUCCAAAACCUAUAACCUGGAUAUACUUUUAGUAUUUAUUACUAUUUUGAGAAACCUAUUCUCAAAAAUGAUGUAAAUCUAUAAUCCAUUAAUUAUGGUAUACCUGUGGUGAUUAAUUCUUAAGAAUUAGAAGGUUCCUUUUAACUUCCAAAUGGAAUUAUUAAUGAUGCAAUAUCUGUUCUGUGCUAAAUUGAAUCAGCAAAGGGAUCAAAGUCAUAUUAAGUGUCGGAUAUUCAAGUCAAUAGAAAAAGAUAUCAGAUAAAUAAACUAUUCCAAUCUUUCAAUAAUCAAACUAAUUUUUCAAAUUUGCACAGUAUACACACUAUGAUUAAACAAAUGGAAAUAGAAUAAUAAUAGGUAUGCUUAAAACAAUGCUCAGGUGUAGGUACAUGCAUCAACAAAAAGUGCAAAUGCCCUCCAGAAUAUUAUUUUGAUGAUUGCAGUGGAACCAUAGAAGAAUACAAUAAGUUUAGCGGCCUUAUUUUAAAUACUUUGCAAUAAUUAAUUAAAAUUCCAAUAAAAAAUGAUGAUGAGUUUAGAUUGUUUGGCUAAUCGUUAUUGUAUUUAUCAACUUUAUAAGAUUUAAAUAAUACAAUUACAAAUUCAGAUUGCUAAUAAAUAUUAGAAUAAUACAUUUAAAAUUUAAAUUAAAGAUUAGAGAAAAUCAACCAAUACUCAAUUAAUCUUUAAUAUCAGUCAACUGCUUAUCUGAAUUACUCUCAAAUUGACAUAAGAUAAUUGGAAAAUUAGAAUGACUUACACACAGCCUUAAAGAGCACAGUAUUUAUGUGGGCUAAAACUCUAUUUACUGAAGACUCUGCUGUCUAUUAAUUGCAAAGUCGGUUAUAAUGCUUUUUGUCAUCCAUCAUAGAAUUGACUCUAUUUAGUAUUGAAUAAAAUGAAUCUAUUGAUUAUUCAAUUGAUACAGCCUUUUUAAAAAUGUAAAGAAUUAAUAAUAUAUCCAAUAUCACAAAAGCAAGAAUAUUAGUUGAAUCCAUUGAAGAUAAUUCCAAUGAUUCAGAAUACUAUGACUUUGUUUAAGCUAUAUAUAUUCGUAAUUACUUCGCUUUUGAUGGUUACUAUCCGUAUCCCUUACAAUUAUAUCCACUUUACGAUUACUAAAUACGCCAAUAAUAUAGAAAAUAAAAUAUUUAAUUAUAGACUUAUAUCUAAUACAAAUUUAAAGUACUUAAUGAUACUACAAAUCUGGUUUGUUUAAUGAGAAAUUCUUAGACGUAUGAAUGGUCAAAUGAAAAUUGCACACUUCAUGAAUCCAAUACAUCCUAUUUUUGUAAUUGUACAACACUUGCUCCAACAACCAUUUGCAAUGAUUAUGACUACCUUUUUUCAAGUUAUCCUUAGUUUUAAUUGAAUAUCCCAAAUCUGCUAUAUAUUAUUUACUUUGCUUAAUUAAUCAUAUUAGGAAUAUUCUUCAUUAAGGCACGGAAUUCUCAGCAUGAAAAGUCUAUAGAUAAUAAUAAAUUUGGUUAGGUACUCAAAUUAGUAAAAAGCAGUAAAGUAGUAGCAUUUGGAAAUAAAAUUGUUCCUAUUGAGGAUGAAAAACUAAAUGAUUCGAUUGAGUCAAAAUAACAUUAAAAUACACAACACGCAGAUAAGAACAAAUUUAGUUUUAAUAAUUUUUGGGUACUAAGUACAUUUAUCAUAGAAAUAUUAUUUUUUAACUUCAAUGAUUUAUAAAAAAAUUUGUUACUUUAGUUCAUUUCAUCUUUCUGUUUUGAUUAUAUUGAGGUGGAAUCAAGCCAUUAUUAUUGGAGAAGUUUUAAGUAUUAUUGGAUUUAGUUAUGAUAUUUCUAUGUGGAUCCUGUUAUCAUCAAUCAUUUUUAGUAGAAUUUUUGAGUACAUUUUCAAAGUAAUCAAUUUAUUAUACUUUAGACUUAAGUCAAAUACUUUUUUUAUAUGAAAUAAGUAAUAAUUCUUUUUAUCAUCAAAUUUUUCCUAUUCAUAUUAAUGUUAUCCACAUUUUUAUUUGGAAUAUAUUUCUAUUUAAUGAUCCAUAAUUAAACAAGUUUGGUAUUAAAUACUAGUUUAUCAUAAGAUAAUUUCAUAUGCAUUUGCCAUUUUAAUAGAUUUUCUAUUUUUAGAUAUCAUCUAAUUUAGUGCCAAUAAAUUUUUUGGAUAAGAGAAGAAAAGAUUAAUUAGAAAAAAACUUAGAGAAUUUAAAUUUAUAACUAAGGUGUAAGGCUUCAAUUAAUUCUGA